AUGUGGAAGCAACCAUCAAACCAAUCACCCCGUAGGUUUUGAAGUGGGGUUUUUUUACAGAGAAAGGUCGAUUUGCCUGGAACUUUUGGGCAAAAUAGGGAUUUGGGGAUAUGUUGGGGGGUUUUUUGGGCAAUGUGGAGAAUUUUUUGGACAAGGAGAGAGUUUUUUGAGCAAAAUGGUUGUUUUGGGACAGGUUGGGGUUUUUUUGGCAGAAUGGGAAUUUUGGGCAAGAUAUAUUUUUUUGGGCAAGGUGGAAUUUUUUGAACAAGGUGAAAUGUUUCGGGGAAAGUUGAUUUUUUUGGGCCAAAUGGGAAUUUUCGAGCAGAAUGGGAAUUUUGGGCAAGAUGAGAACUUUUCAGCAGAUUUAAAUUUUUUGUUCGAAAUGGAUUUUUUACUGGAUGUAAAUUUUUGGGCAUUUUUUUUUGCAACUUUGGAUUUUUUGUACUGGUUGACAUUUUUUGGACAACUUCCUAAUCUUGACUAUGGGGGAAAAACUUCCGGAAAGCGGCCCACUCUGAAAAAAUUGUUAAGGGGUUGAGAGAUAUUUUUAUAGUGUUGUCACUGGUGUUUUUGCGUGUUAAUUUUUUAUUUUUCAGAGGUCCUCUCUCGAUACCCACCACCGAAAGGAUGACAGAGAAAAAAUAAUUAAAAGGCAAAAAAUAGAAGAGCCAAAAAAAAUGAAAAGGCCAAAAAAUCAAAAAAAAAGAAGAGCCAAAAAAAUAAUAAAAAGGCAAAAAAUUAUAUUUUUUGAAAAAAUAAGAUAAUGAAAAAAUAAAAAAAGUGACAAAAAAACGUAAAAAAUGAAAAAAUAAAAAAAAAGCUUUUUUAAUUGACCCCAUUGUAUUUAUCUAUUGUAUUUGUAUUUAAUUUCUAUUGUCUAUUGUAUCUGUUGUAUUUGUCUCAUUUAUUCUAUUUGUGUUUAAUUUCUAUUGUCUAUUGUAUCUGUUGUAUUUGUCUCAUUUAUUCUAUUUGUGUUUAAUUUCUAUUGCUUAUUGUAUCUAUUGUAUUUGUCUCAUUUAUUGUAUUUGUAUUUAAUUUAUCACGACUUUUUAAUAUGUAAGUUAUCGGUUUAUACUUGUUUUAGCGUGGUCUUUAAUCUCAAAUUAUAUGAUUUAUAUUUGCAGAAAAUGACCCCGGAAAGCAAUGGAUCCUUCGAAAACUGCACCAAUUCAACAACGUCACUCCCGGCCCAGGACGGCACCUACAUGGCCGAAAUCCAAACCAACGAUUUAGACAACAUGCAAUGUAAGCUUUGAUGGUUUUUUUGGUAGUUGAGAAAAUUAGGGAAUUCUUCAGAUUGUUGUCACUUGUUUUUUUUGGUGGUAUUUAUUUUUUAUAUGAUCUAUUUUUUCAGAAACCCAGCUCUCGAAUCAGUGAAUCUUUGGAACGCAUUUCCCGACCCUACUUUCAAUGUCCCAAUUCCGGCCCAGGACGGCACCUACAUGGCCGAGACCUUCACCAACGAUUUAGACAACAUGGAAUGUAAGUUUUGAUGGGUUUUUAUAGUUGGGGAUAUUAGGGAACUCUUCACAAGGGAAUGGACUUUAUGUGUAAAUCGAUUUUGGCUUGAGACAUCGUCAGAUCGAAAGGUGUGUGGUAGUCGAUUAUUCACUUGGGGGGAAAUCUCUGCGCGGGCUUCAAAGCCGAGAAAAUCGGCUUCAAAGUUUGGGCGAAAAUCAAAGGGUAGGAUCCCGGAAAAGUAGCGUUAAAAAGUGUGAAGCAGUGGCCGAGUGGUCAGUGCGCUCGCUUUUUACGCAAAAUGUUGCAGGUUCGAGUCUUUCCAAGCUCAAACCAUCAUUUAUCGUUUUUACUUUUGCUUUCUUCAUGCUAAUCCGGCUGUACAUUUAAAAAAGGGGUAUAGGUAAAAUUGUCUAAAAAAGUUAUGAAUGGAAGCAGAUUCGAGCUCGCGACCUUUUGCGCAAAAAGCGACCACUCGGCCACUGCUUCACACUUUCUAUCGCUCCUUUUCCGGGAUCCUACCCUUUGAUUUUCGUCCAAACUUUGAAGCCGAUUUUCUCGGCUUUGAAGCCCGCGCAGAGAUUUCCCCCCAAGUGAAUAAUCGACUACCACACACCUUUCGAUCUGACGAUGUCUCAAGCCAAAAUCGAUUUACACAUAAAGUCCAUUCCCCUGUCAGAUUGUUGUCACUUGUUUUUUGAUGGUUCUUCAAUUGAUUUCUGUAUUUUCAGAUAUUGCUCCAAGAUUUCUUCACUGCUUUUCGGAUUUAAAAUAA